CCUCUUUCUCCUCUCUCAAAACAUACGAAAACGCCAUGGCGAGCGUCGUUCAGCUUCCUAUCGUCCCACCACCAUUGCCCGCUGGCUGGACACCGCCCCAGGGCUCGGGAAAAUCUACCGCGCCUUUGGUUGAGCGCAAGCUGCUUCCGGUCGGCGAGGCGUACCUUGCGCACGUAAGAAGGGCUGUGCACAAGCUCACUUUUGAGGAACAUGACAAGCAUACGGAGGAGGAGCGGAAGCGGCUAGAGGCUCUGAACGGAGCGGGCGCAUCUGUGGAGGACGAUCUCGGGGUUGGCGAUGAGGAGGAGACGGAGGACUUGCUUCUCCUGGAUGCCAAGGAGUGGAAGAAACAAGACCAUUAUGCCGUUCUUGGUCUCUCCCACCUGCGAUACAGGGCGACGGAGGAGCAAAUUAAGAUUGCUCACCGCAAAAAGGUGCUCAAGCAUCACCCCGACAAGAAAGCGGGCCAGGUCGGCGACUCGAACGACGACGCGUUCUUCAAGUGCAUUCAAAAGGCGUUUGAGGUGCUUACGAACCCGGAGCGCCGCCGCCAGUUCGACUCAGUCGACCCAUACUACGACAUGCUCGAAGGCGACGUGCCGACGGCGUCCCAAGUGCAGAAGGCGAAGAAUCCCGAGAAGUACUUCUUUGAGGCAUUCGGACCCGUGUUCGAGCGCGAGGCGCGGUUUAGCAAGAAGCAGCCAGUGCCAGGGCUGGGCUCGUACAAUGACUCGAAGGAGAACGUCGAGGCGUUCUACGACUUCUGGUACAACUUUGAUAGCUGGAGAAGCUUCGAGUACCUGGAUAAGGAGGUGAACGAAGGUAGCGACAACCGCGACGACAAGCGGUACACGGAGAAGAAGAACAAGUCCGAGCGCGCGCGCCGCAAAAAGGAGGACACGGCGCGACUGCGCGGAAUCGUUGACACCGCGCUCGCGUCCGACCCGCGCAUCAAGCGCAUUAAGCAGGAGGAGAAAGAGGCACGCGAGGCGAAGAAGAAGAACAAGGGUGGGGUGAACGGUGCGGGCGCGAACUCAAAGCAGAAGGAGGAAGAGGAGAAGCGGAAAGCGGAAGAGGACGCGAAGAAGAAGGAAGAGGAGGAGAAAGUACGUGAUCGCUAUUGUGAGGUAGCGUGCUGGGGGACGAUGCUGAUGCUGGCGUGCUCGUGUGCUUCAAGAUUGCGCGCGCCGAGGCGAAGAAGGCGAAGGCGGCGGCUGCCAACGCGGCGAAGAAGGCGAGGCGACAGCAGCGUGCCGCGGAAACGGGCGAAGUAGCAUAGACAUCGUUCCCUCGAGCUCUCUCCACUCAUCCUCCCGAUCCGCCCCGAGCGCAUUGUCCUCACCAUGCAUACGUCCCAUGUGUUGCUCUUUGGCAUCCGGUCGUCAGUCAGACUCUGUCAUUCAUCCAUAUCGUAUACCUCUGUUGCAUUACUUAGACUCGAACCUGUGUUGCUAGACCUAUCCAGAUGUAGCUGUUCACGCCAACAUACUCGUCUCCCUAUCUCUGGCGUUGAUGGAUUUGUCGCCGACAGAGCAAGUAAUGAGAUCAC